UGAAGUUGACGUGGUAAAUGGAGUGUCAUUAAAAAAAAUUAAAAAGAAGAACUAAGAAGCAGAGAAAGCAGUCUUAUCACUCAUUAUUUCACAUUUGUAGAAAGUUAUCCAUUUAUGAUGCUAAAAAGAGAUAAAAAGGAGGAAGAGGAUGGAGGAAAUCCCUUCAGUAAUUUAGAAAAGAGCAGUGUACUACAAGAGGCUCGUACAUUUAAUGAAACACCAAUUAACCCUAGAAAAUGUGGUCACAUUCUUACCAAAAUUCUCUACCUAAUCAACCAGGGAGAGACAAUUGGUGCUACAGAAGCAACAGAGGCAUUCUUUGCCAUGACCAAACUUUUUCAAUCAAAAGAUACAACUUUAAGAAGACUGGUAUAUCUAGGUAUAAAGGAGAUGUCUAAAAUAGCUAAUGAUGUUAUUAUUGUCACCAGCAGUUUAAUGAAAGAUAUGACUGGUAAAGAAGAUCAGUUUAGAGGACCAUCAAUUAGAGCUUUAUGUUCAAUUACUGAUCAAAUGAUGUUACAGAGUAUUGAACGUUAUAUGAAACAGGCUAUAGUUGAUAAAGUUUCUGCUGUCUCAAGUGCUGCACUUGUUUCUUCCAUGCAUCUAGGUCGUGGAAGUCAAGAUGUUACUAAACGAUGGGUAAAUGAAGCUCAAGAAGCUGUUAAUAGUGACAAUAUGAUGGUACAGUACCAUGCUCUUGGUCUAUUGUAUCAUAUUCGUAAGAAGGACAAGUUAGCUGUGAGUCGUAUGGUGACCAAGUUUAGUAAGCAUUCCCUACGUUCACCUUAUGCUUAUUGUUUACUGAUAAGAAUUGCUAGUAAAUUGAUAGAAGAAGAAGAUGCAGGAUCUGAAAGUCCAAUGUUUGAUUUUAUUGAGAAUUGUUUACGUCAUAAAAAUGAAAUGGUAAUCUAUGAAGCAGCUCAUGCUAUAGUUAAUAUGAAGAAUACAACAGCUAAAGAUCUAACACCAGCUGUUUCUGUACUACAAUUAUUCUGUGGUUCUCCUAAACCUACUCUUAGGUUUGCUGCUGUUAGAACUUUGAAUAAGGUUGCUAUGAAACAUCCAGCAGCAGUGACAGCUUGUAACCUUGACCUUGAGAAUUUGAUAACAGACGUCAAUCGUAGUAUUGCUACACUAGCUAUUACUACAUUGUUAAAGACUGGUAAUGAAUCUAGUGUAGAUAGACUGAUGAAACAGAUCUCAACUUUCAUGUCAGAGAUUUCAGAUGAAUUCAAAAUUGUUGUAGUACAAGCAAUCAGAUCAUUGUGUUCCAAGUUUCCAAGGAAACAUAAUGUACUGAUGACAUUCUUGGCUUCAAUGUUAAGAGAUGAGGGAGGAUUUGACUAUAAGAGAGCUAUAGUAGAUUGUAUUAUUACUGUUAUAGAAGAAAAUCCUGAGGCAAAAGAAGCUGGUUUGGCCCAUUUGUGUGAAUUUAUAGAAGAUUGUGAACACACUGUAUUAGCCACUAGAAUCUUACAUUUGUUGGGUAGAGAGGGACCCAGAACACCUUCUCCCUCUAAAUAUAUCAGGUUUAUCUAUAACAGAGUUAUAUUAGAGAAUGCUGCAGUCAGAGCAGCUGCUGUGAGUGCUCUAGCUAAAUUUGGUGCCCAUUGUGAAGAGUUGUUACCUAGUUGUAUUGUUUUAUUAGAGAGGUGUCAGUUAGAUAGUGAUGAUGAAGUAAGAGAUAGAGCUACCUUCUAUACUAGUAUCUUAAAACAACAACAAAAAUCUCUAAAUUCAGCUUAUAUUCUUAAUGGACUACAAGUAUCAGUGGUAGGAUUGGAGAGAGCUGUUCAUAAUUAUACAUUAGAACCUUCUGAUACACCAUUUGACUUGAAAUCUGUACCAUUAGCUACACAACCAAUGACAGAACAGAAAACAGUGACAUCUCGUGAGACAGGAGAUAUGGGAGUACCGAAAUCCAUGGAGAAACCUGUAGCCUCCAGAAUUGAUGUUUAUGCAGAGCAAUUAUCAGGUGUACCAGAGUUAGCUAAUCUUGGACCACUAUUUAGAUCAUCUCAACCAGUAGAGUUGACAGAAUCUGAGACUGAGUAUGUUAUACAGUGUGUUAAACAUACAUUUAGUCAUUAUGUAGUCUUUCAGUUUGACUGUACGAACACUCUGAAUGAUCAAGUCCUAGAGAAUGUGACAGUACAUAUGGAAGGUGGAGAUGGAUUUGAAGUAAUGAAGUAUGUAAAAUGUGCUAGUUUACCCUAUGAUAAACCUGGUAUAACCUACACACUUAUCAGAUUACCGGAAGAACCAACUGCAGUGACAGGAACAUUCACAUGUUCAUUAAAGUUUAUAGUGAAAGAUUGUGAUCCUAAUACAGGAGAACCAGAUGAUGAAGGUUAUGAAGAUGAAUAUGUGCUUGAAGAUGUAGAAGUAACAGUAGCUGACCAUGUACAGAGGGUUAUUAAACCUAACUUUGGAGCUUCAUGGGAAGAAGUUGGUCCAGAAAAUGAAUUGGAAGAUACCUACGCUCUUUCUAGUAUGAACUCCCUGGAAGAAGCUGUUAAGAAUAUUGUGCUGUAUCUUGGUAUGCAGCCAUGUGAACGUUCAGAUAAAGUUCCAGAGGGAAAGUCCUCCCAUACUCUGUAUUUAGCUGGAGUGUUCAGAGGAGGUCAUGAUGCUUUGGUUCGUGCUAAACUAGCUCUGACAGAUGACAGUGGUGUGACCAUGCAGUUGACAGUCCGCUCAUCUGAUCCUAAUGUUUCAGAAAUAUUAGCCUCUGCUAUUGCUUAAAGUUUAAUUUGAUGGAAUUGUAUAUAACACUUUUAUUGGGAAUAUAUUUAUUAUUGUCUAGCUAAAUCAUUGUUUAUAAUUAUAUUAUUGGUUGAAAAUUUUAUGAAAUUAAUCCUCUUUAAAGUAUAACUAAUUAACAGAGACUACAGAGAAGUUUAUUCAAAUAACUUUAUAAAAUAAAACUGUGCUUUUUAAAAUUCCAAUUGUUGUUAAGAAAAUAUUGUAUUUGUCAUUAAAAACCAGUGUAAUAAAUAAUAUUCAAAUUAUAUUUAAAA